GAUUGACACUCGAUGACGAAAAACUGCGGCCCAGCUGUCACGGCGCGCGAAAUAUCAAAUUGUCUAAUCGAUGUGUAACGUUAGGGAAGAGGCGGGAGGAAGAGAAACAGCCCGGUUAAAGUCUUUAUAAAUGUGCUUUACAAGUCUAAAAUAGCCUUUGUCACACAGACAUUUGCUUCUCCGAGUGGCUGCCGGGAAUCGACGAAGCGUCUGUUUCCGCUGGUUUAUUUCACAAAAGAGCGAAAACUAGACGGCGGACAAAGAUGAGCCUGGUCGUCUCUCAACAACAGACCGAGGGUCUCCCGGCUGUGGACCCAACGGCCCCAGAGAGUGAUUCAGACAGCGGGAUGGGCUCUCCAGAGGAGGAGAUGGUGUUGGAGGCAGCCAACAAAAGAGUGGAGCUUCCAGAUUCCGAAGACGAUGAAGACAUCACUGUUCACAGAAAGCCUCAUCGUAAUGCCAUAAGAGACAGUGAGAGUGAGGAAGAGGAGGCUGCUGGGGACAACGGUGUAAACAUGGCCGAAGCCUUAGUCUUAUCUGCUUCCAGCGGAGAGGAGAUGGAGACUGAAAAGGCAGAAAAGAAGGGUGAUAGGAAAGAGAAAGGGGCCCAGAAGAGCAAGAGAAUCAUCCGUGCUCCCAUUGACAGCGAAGACAGUGAGCCCGAGCAAGAGAAAGGUGGAGAAAUGGAGGAGGAACAAAAGAAGGAGGUGAGGAAGGAAACAAAAUCGAUGAAGGAACAUAAGAAGAGAGAGAAGAGUCAGAGGCACAGGGAGAAAAAGGAAAAGGGCAGCAAGGCGAAGGAAAAACUGAAGAAGAAGGAGCGGUGCUCUGAAAUAAAUGAGAACGCACCUCUCCCUCGGGGUCUGAACGAUAGUGGCUGUCUGCUGGGCGACACGGAUCUGUUUGACACGGGGCUGGACGAUGAUGAGGAGGAAGAGUCUCUGGAGGCCAUCAGAGCUGCUGUCAAGCAAAAAAUGAAAAAACAAAAGGAUCCUCUCCUGGGUGACGAAGAGGAGGAAGAUGAAGAUGAAAUGGAGAAACCUCAGCGUGUGGAGAGGAAAGCCGCACGUGCCAGCAGAGAUGCGAUGAAGCAGCUCCACAGCGAGUCCCAGAGGCUGGUCCGAGAGUCCACGCUUGGCCUCCCCUAUCACAUCCCUGAGCCCAAGACCAUCGACCAGUUCUUCAAGAAGAGGGCCAGGCCAGAGGGUCCCGCCAUGAGACUGUUAAAAUCUACCAAAUUUUCAGCCAGGAUGUUGGAGACGCCAUCAGCUCCUCCUCCUCCCCCCAUCAUCGCACCCAGUGAGCAGCCACCCACAGAGCAGGACUCUCCUCCGUCUCUCGAUAUGUCGUCCACUCAGAUCCAGUCCAUCCCUCAUCCUGCCGCCACCUCGUCCCUGCUGCAGGAGAGCCUCAGCCCAGCCAGAGAGGCAGCAGCGAGCCUCGACCAGGGCUCUGGACCCAUGCUGUACCUCUCUGAGAGUCUGCAGGAGUCAGAGGGAACAUAUGCACAGAGAUGUGCCUCUGAUUCUGGGGAAGCUUGUCCUGCAGAGCAAAGCCAGAAUGCGGUGAUGUCCGACGCCCCUCAGAGAGAGUCUGGGGCUGUGUUGGAGCCUUUAAACGCUCAGUGUGCUGAUUCUGCUGUUAAAGAGCCUUCAGUACAGCAACCCACCAAACCCAAGAAGGACAAAUUUGCCUUACUGAAGAAGUUCGGACUGAACCCUCCACCCGUCGCUAAGCUGUGUGCAGAUGAAGGAGCCUUUGUUCAGCUCGAGCCUCCACAGCUCAACUCUGGGGUUGAGGCACUGAAGGAGCGUUACUUUCGUCACUCCAAAAAGCACGUACGGCCUCAAGGAGAACGAACGAUGCAGCUCACCAUCGUCCGCAAAGACAGCGCCCCCUCUGGACAGGAGGAGCUGCACACUGAGUCGCUCACUGUCACUGUUAAAGAGGGAGCAGAGGAGCCUCCGACCACCAAACCAGGCGAGAAGCUGCUGACUCUGAAGCAGCGCCUGCAGCUCGCCAUGGCCCAGAGGAGACAGGAGGACAGGGAACGCAAGGCUGAGCUGAAUCGCCUCGACAAUGAGGACUGUGGAGAGGAUGAAGAGGAGGAGGAGGAAGACAUGACGGAUGAGUCUGAGGCAGAAGAGAAUGUAGAUGAUUUACUGGGGGGGGAUGAUGGUGAGGAAGAAGAGAAGGAACAUGAAGACGAGGAAGGCAGUGUGACCCGGAGUAUUAGAAGUCUGUCUCCUAUGGUUCUGAAUGGACCAUCGCCGGUUCCUGACAUGAUGAACAGGGACUGCACACUCCUGCUGUUCCCCGGGAACUCCUGCUCUCGCACAGGCGAUGGUUUAAGAAGGUCUGGUCCUUUUGGGCAGAACAGCUGCAGCAAUAAGAUGGAGGACGAAGACUCUCUGUCCCUGGUGAAGGACAACAGCAACAACAGCAGCUUUGAGCUGGCUGGCUCCAUGAUCACCUCGUACCAGCCUAUCAGCUAUCAGCGCUCUGCAGGGAAAAGCAUCUCCAACUCCUCCAUUUUCCGCUCCCCCUCUCGAUGCUCCUUCAGGCCCAGCUUCCUCGGCUCUGCCUCUAGGAGUUCAGGCAAACUCUCUGAGCCCUCCCUCUCCCUCCCGGUUGAGGACUCCCAGGACUCGUAUGCCCCUCCGUCCCCAGGAGCCGACUCGGGGCCCCACGGCAGAGCGGCUUCGGGCCCCGGAGGAGACUCCCAGGGUCGCUUCUCCCUGGAGGAGGACCCCCACUCGCAGUUACUGGAUGCAGACGGCUUCCUGAACGUGGGGCCGCGGCCCGGUGCCCCCCGCUCCCACAAGAGACAGUUGAUCCUGGACAGCCUGGAUGAAAACGCCAUGGACGCUAACAUGGGGGAGCUGAUGGGCAUGUGCUCUGGAGUUUUCGGCUCCGGCAGGGCUGAGGGCCUCGGAGCCACGCAGGAGGGAGAGCUGCUCGGGAUGUGCUCCGGAGCGUUCCCACCAACACAGGCAGGAGAGGACAGAAGGGCACGUGACCACGAUGAAGAGUCUGAUAACACCAUGGAUCAGCUGCUGGGGCUCUGCUCAGGGAAAUUCCCCAGUCAAGGUUCUGCUCGCAUGGCUUCGCCAGCACAAGACAGUAAAAAGAAGCCAGAUGAAGAAGAGGAGGAUGAGGAUGAGGACUGCGAGUUCCGGCUUCUGUCAGAUGUGGAAAGUCACAGCGAACAGGAGGAUGAUGAUGAUGAUGAUGAUGAUGGUGGUUUGGCGGAAAAAGAUGGAGAGGAGGCCGAUGAAGACGCUGGUGAGGAUGAUGAUGCUGUAGAAGAGGAGGAGAUGCAAGCUGUCUUCGCACCACACAGAGUCAAGAAAAAGAAGAAAAUGCAUAUGGCCGACUACCUGGAGGCAGAGGCCGAGCUGUCCGGCAGCGACAUGGACAGUGACGAUGAGGACGGCGACGGAGGAAGCGAAUACGAGGAAGAGGAGCUUCUCGAGGAUCUUCCCUCUGAUGAAGAGCUGCAGGACCAGGUCAACAAGAUCCACAUGAAGCAGAUCAUGGAUGAUGACAAGCGCCAGCUGAGGAUCUACCAGGAGCGUUACCUCGCUGACGGCGACCUUCACUCCGACGCCCCCGGACGAGCUCGCCAGUUCCGCUGGAAAAACAUGGACGAUGGUUUCAACAUGGACAGGACGGGAGCAGAGGGGGAGGAAGGGGAGGAUGAUGAGGAUGAGGUGGACCCAGCUGAGCUCCAAAGGAGGAAGGACAGGCUGGAGAAAGAACAGUGGCUCAGAGAACAGUCUGAGCAGAAAGCCAAGAAAGGGGAGGAUUUGGAUGCAGACGAUGAGAAGGUUGGAGAACAAGAAGACAGUCAGUUUAUGAAGCUGGCCAAGAAAGUGACUGCCAAGACUCUGCAGAGGAAAGAGCCCAGUGCGGCAUCACAACCAACGAAGAAGACGACAUCAGCUCUGAACCCCUUCCAGAGGCUCUCGCAGCCCUCACAGGUAAAGAGAGGGUCCCUGCUGAGUCAGCCCCAGUCCGUCCUCCAGAAGCUGGCAUGCAUCUCAGACGGGAAUCCUCUGGCUCCCAGAAACAGCAGAGGAUUCCUGUUCCAAACUGUGUCUCCUGAGAAGGACAAGUCCACCUCCAACGCUGCCAACAAACAGGUGACGAAGAAGAGGGGGCCGGUGGAAGCGGUGACCCCCACAGCCAAGAGGCCCUGCAGAGAGAACAGACCUGCAGCACAGACCAAAGCCCCCCAGAGGAGCAUCUUCAGCUUCCUGGACCACUGAGGGAGCAACACUAACUAAAGACCAGAACUGACCAGCCACAUCCAGUAUUUCACAAGCCAUUAAGAUUUUAAAAAAUGAACAAUGGUUAAAUUAUGGUUGCGUGCAAAGCUGGUGGACAUCCUCUUAAUGAAACACAAAUACAGAUGAUUGUGUUUCACAUGUUUACAUUGCUUUAAAACGGCAAACUAAAGCACACCACUGAGGCAUCUCUUGAUGUUUUACUUCUUACACACACACACUUGCUGUCAGGUUUGUGUGUGUGAAUUUUAAAUCCAUUAUCAGAAGCGUCCAUCGGUCACACCUUUCUUGACUUGGUCUUUCUGAUGGAGGUCCGAUAUGAAUUGUUUUAUCAUGUAAAUAGGAUUGAUUUUUUUUUUUAGAGAGCUUUUGUAUGAUGGUUUAAAUGUAUUUGUUUUACAUUGUAAAUAAAAUUGUAUUUUAA